UCUUUCUUCAUCUCUUCCUCCCUCCCCCUCUUCUCAUCAAUUUUUCCUCAAUUCUUCCUACCUACCUGUAAAAGAGCCGGUAAAAUUUCCUGUCUCUCUCCUCUCCUCUUUACCCCUCACCAUCAUGGUGCAAGACACAGAGAAGCAGGCCAACGACCCGUCGUCGCCCCGCCACUCUCUCGAAAAAGUCGACGAGAUUGAAGAUGAGACGCCGCCAGUGGUCCUUGACAAGGCCGCCGAGCGCCGCCUUGUCUGGAAAUUCGAUCUUCGCAUCCUCCCUACCCUCGCCGUCAUGUACCUCUUCAAUACCCUCGAUAAGACGAACCUCGGCAACGCCAAAACUGCCGGCCUCGAGAAAUCCCUUGGCAUGGAAGGCACAAACCAAUACAGUCUCGUCCUGUCUAUUUUCUUCAUCCCAUACGUGUUGACGGCACCGUUCCUUGCCAUUCUGGGCAAGAAGUAUGGUCCCAACCGUGUGUUGCCAGCGAUGAUGGUCGUCUUCGGGACGUGCACAAUGUGCGUCGCUGCCGCCGAGAACUUUGCCGGCCUCAUGACCAUCCGCUGGUUCCUAGGCAUGGCCGAAUCCGCCUUCUUCCCUCUCGUCAUCUACUACCAGACGACCUUCUACAGACGCAUGGAGCUGGCCCGCCGCCUUGCCAUCUUCUACGCUGGCCAGUCCAUCGCCUCUGCCUUUGGUGGCCUCCUCGCCUUUGGCGUCUUCCGCAUCAAGUCCGACGUCUUGGAGAGCUGGCGCUUUCUCCCAUUGAUUGAAGGUGCCGGCACCGUCCUCUUCUCCAUCUUUGCCUAUUUCUACCUCCCGCGCAAUGCCGCGACGGCGCACUUCCUGAACGACGACGAGAAGAUCCUCGCUGAGGCACGUAUGCUGCUUGAUUCCUCUGCGUCCGAGGACGACGAUGGAGUCUUCAACCUGCGUGAUGCUGCAGUCAUCUUCCAACACCCGACCACCUGGGCCAUCCUUGUCAUCGAGAUCUGUCUCGGUGUCCCACUUCAGGCCGUCCAGCUCUUUCUGCCACAAAUCAUUGGGCGUCUCGGCUACGACGCAGUCAAGACGAACCUGUACACCGUGGCUCCCAAUGUGUCGGGGGCUGUAAUGCUAUUAAUCCUGGGUUUCGCUAGUGAUCUGACGAAAAAUCGAUGGGUAUUUAUUGCGCUGGGAUUCAUGUUCACGUUUGUUGGCAUGGUGAUCUAUGCUGGGAUCGAUGUCGAGGAGAAGUUGAACGUUGCUUACUUCGCCAGUUUCAUGAUGACCUGGGGAACCUCGGCUCCAUCGGUCAUCCUCGAUGUCUGGUACAAUAACAACACGCCGCAUCCCUCGCGCCGUCUGCUCCUUACCUCGGUCGCCGUCCCGCUUGCAAACCUCAUGGGAAUUGUCGCCUCCAACAUCUUCCGCGAGCAAGACGCGCCCAAAUACAUCCCGGCGCUCGCCACAACGGCGGCAUUCGGUGGUUUGGGGUUUGUCUGCACAGUGUUGCUGGGUCUGUGGAUGGCAUGGGAUAAUAAGAGGAGAGAUUCUAAGGAGGGUAUCCGCAGGACGGUUGGUGGGGUUGGCGCGGUGGCGACGGAGAGGUUACGAGAGGGGCCGGGGGCUCCGGAGUUCAGAUGGUUCCUGUAGGGAAUUGGGGUGGACGCGGGUAGUCCUGUGCGGGUGGAAACGGAACUUUGUACGUACUCGAGGAGACUGGAAGCUGCUCUGUAUAGUUAUGGUAUCCGGAUGGGAAAAGUCCCUUAUUGAUGACAAUGAUAGCGAACCAUUAC